CUGAUAAACAUUCUCAGUCUGCCAAUGGACCGGUCAAGAUGAACCUUCGGAUAGUGAUAAAAUGUUUUCGUGUUUUGCUAAAACUGGUGUUAUGUUGACGCCUUAUUUAUGGCAUUGCUGGCUGUUAUUGUUGGAAUAAACCUGUCCUAUAGAGAAACAAAUUUGGAAAAAAAAGAAAUGGAAGAAAAUAAUGAAGAUCCGGAGGAGUGUGUGUUGGGAUAUGGCCAUUCUCAGAAUAAUUUAAUUACUUCAACAAGUGCAGGCGACGAUAAUAAUAUUAUUAUCGUAGAGGAAUCAUUUGACCCGCAUAGCAUUACAGGAAUCCUAAAUAUUUGUAAAAAGAAGCUUUUAAUACCAUAUAUGAGGUUCCUUAGCUUAUUGGGACUAAGACCAAUAUUUGGAGAGUCUACCGAAUCAAGAUAUUUCCUGAAGACUUUUAAUGUUACUUACAUUUUACAGGUCAUAAUUUUUCUUGUGUCUGGAUAUGUUCUACAAUAUAUGGCUUGCUUUCGAAGAGAUAGAGGCUUCGGCAGUAUGUCGCCAAUUCCUUUUAAAAAUUUAAACAGAACCGAAUUAAAAAUGGUUUAUGAUCUGACGUGCAGUGGCUCACUUAUAUCAUGCUUUAUAAUUCCCAGUAUUUUGCAUUUUGCAGGAUAUCUUUGUGCCUAUUUUGCUUUUAGGAAAACGGACGAUGAUCAACUUACUGUAUUAAUAGAAAGGGUCUUUUUAACAUCAAGCCAUGUGCGAAAUAUGAACAUUAACCAAAAGCAAAUCGUACGAACACUGUGGAUGUUUGUUUUGGCCAGUUUCAUUUGGAUGUUUUUAUCGGUCGCUCUCGUGUUCUAUAUGAUGGCAGAAGGAGAUAUUAUUUUUAAAUGGAUAAAUCAUGGUCCUGCUUGGGUUGAGAUAACAAUGAAGACUCUUCUAGUCAUUUGUACAAUAUGUCAUGAUAUAAUUCAGGCAAGUGUUAUAUCCAAUUACUGUUUACAAGUUCAACUUUUGAAGACGUAUGUGCAAUACAUGAGGGAAAUGAUGCUGCAACAGUUUCUUAAGCCUCUGGAUUGGAUUAGGAGCAUUGAGGAAUUCCGAAAAUUAUUAUGGUAUCUAAACAACAGAGUUGCUUCAGCAGUGUGCCUAUUUACCCUCGUAAAUGGAUCUUAUGCAAUAUCAGGAACUGUAUGGAUCCUAGCUUCUUAUUACAGAAAGUCCUUUGAUAGUGUACCACUGUAUUUUGCUAUCAAUGUUUUUAAUGUUAUGUUAUGGUGGAUCAUAGCUAUAGCUCCAUUUAUACAGGCCGCACGCUUAAACAUCGCAUGUGAAUAUCUAAAGACCGUUGGACAAGAAGUACGAGCCAGACCAUAUGCACAUCAAGAAACGUCUGUCCAAGAAUUAAAUUCCAUUCUCAUUUAUACCUCGAGUUUAAAAUUAAAUGCUAAACUCUUUGGCCUUGCAAUAAGAGGAAAGUACGCGGGUAUAACUUUAGCAAUUUUUGUAAUAUUCAUUUUAGUAUUUGGGCAGAGUAAUUUUAUUUUAACGCAAUAACCAGUUUUUAUUUAACAUAUGUAUGAUUAUACUGUAUAUAAUAUUUCUUGAUUUUAAUAGAUGUGUGGUAAUUAUGUUA